AUGGAUGUGGAGGCCCUCAUACAGCAAUUGACCCUUGAGGAGAAGGUCCAGCUUACGGCAGGCAAGUCAUUAACUCAUUAUUUCUUAUCAAACUCAUUGCUAACAACAUUCGAAGGGGUCGGAUGGUGGCACACAGCAGCAAUUGAACGCCUCUCAAUACCCCCAAUCCGCCUCUCAGACGGCCCCAACGGCGUGCGAGGAACUCAUUUCUUCGACAGCACCCCAUCAUCAUGUCUCCCCUGCGGCACCUCUCUCGGCGCGACAUGGAACACUGAUCUCAUCUACCGUCUUGGACAAUUACUCUCAGACGAAGCCCACGCCAAAGGUGCGCACGUCCUUCUUGGUCCUACCGUCAAUAUCCAAAGAGGACCAUUAGGCGGAAGAGGCUUUGAGUCUUUCUCUGAAGAUCCUAUUCUCUCAGGUAUCUUGGCGGGACAUUAUGUGCAUGGUGUGCAGAAGAAUGGUGUCUCUGCUACCAUGAAGCAUUUUGCUUGUAACGAUAUGGAGAGUGCGCGUAUGGCUGUUGAUGUGCAAGUCACGGAGCGGGCGCUGAGGGAGGUGUAUCUUCUUCCGUUUAUGAUUGCUAUUGAGAUGGCGAGUCCAAGGGUGGUCAUGACGGCGUACAACAAGGUCAAUGGCACCCAUGCCCCUGACAACCAUCACUUGCUACAAGAUAUCCUGCGCGAUGAAUGGAAAUGGGAUGGAUUAGUUGUCAGCGAUUGGUUCGGAACCUACAGUACAACUGAGGCGAUCAACGCGGGACAAGAUCUCGAAAUGCCAGGCCCUACAAGAUGGCGUGGUGAGACUUUGGUUCACGCUGUUACGUCAAACAAGGUUAAGAGGUCAACGCUAGAUGACCGUGUGAGGAAUGUCUUGAAGCUGGUCAAGCAUUCCAUAGAGAACACGAGUAUCCCACCGAACGCGCCGGAGACUCAGCUUCAGAGCGAACAGAAUACUCGCCUUCUUCGAGAAGCUGCUGCCGAGUCUGUGGUGUUACUCAAGAAUGACAAUGGAGUCCUACCACUUGAUCCGACGAAAAAAGUAGCGGUCAUCGGUCCUAAUGCUGAUAUCAGUGCUUAUUGCGGUGGUGGAAGUGCGAGCCUUCGAGCAUACCAUACUGUUUCCCCUAUGGAGGGCAUCAAGGGUAUUUCGAAGGACGUUUCCUUCACAAAAGGACUCUACGGACAUCGUUCACUGCCUCAAAUCGGGAAACUCUUAAAAACAGUUGACGGUCAGCGUCAAGGAUUCACUCUUCGCAUCUACAACGACCCGCCUCCGACUUCGGGGCCAGAUACACGCAAAGUCCUCGAGACGAGGAUCUUGGAUGACUCAAAUAUCUGGUUUGUGGACUACGAGCAUCCAGCAUUGGAGCAGAUCUGGUACGCUGAGAUCGAGGGUGUCUUGUCUCCAGAGAAGUCUGGGGAAUGGGACUUUGGUCUUUGUGUCCACGGUACCGGCGAGCUCUUCAUUGACGGGGAGCUAGUAGUCUCAAAUGUCACCGACCAAAAGCCAGGCAGUUCCUUCCUUGGUUGCGGUACCGUUGAGAAGACAGGCAACAAGAUGCUUGACGGUGGCAAGAGCUACAACGUCGUCGUGCGCUGGGGCUGCGAUAAGACCUCUGAUCUCAAGGUGUCGGGAGUCGUUGACUUUGGACAAGGCGGUAUGCGUCUCGGAGGCUGUCCCAGGCUUGAGCCGCGGCAGGCACUCGAAGAAGCUGUUGGAUUGGCCAAAAGUGUCGAUCAAGUCGUUCUUUGCGUUGGGACGAGCGGAGAGUGGGAGAGUGAAGGUCAGGAUCGCGCAAACAUGUCUCUUCCUCCUGGCAGCGAUGAUCUGAUCUCCGCAGUCCUGCAAGCAAAUCCCAACACGGUGGUGCUGAUCCAGAGUGGCACGCCUGUUUCAAUGCCUUGGGUGGACCAAGCUAGCACUAUUGCGCAAGCGUGGUUCGGCGGUAAUGAGGCUGGAAAUGGAAUCGCUGAUGUGUUAUUCGGUGCCGUCAACCCUUCCGGCAAACUACCGAUCACGAUGCCCAGACGCGUGGCAGACAAUCCUAGUGCUUUGAACUUCCGGUCAGAAGGAGGUCGGGUUCUGUACAGCGAAGACGUGCAUGUCGGCUAUCGCUGGUACGACACGCUUGACAUUGAACCCUUAUUCCCAUUCGGGCAUGGUUUGUCUUAUACUACCUUUGAACUUUCUGACCUGCACAUUGAAGAGCACCUGGUCUCUGAGAGCAACAAGUUGGCAGUAAGCGUCAAUGUGAGCAACACUGGCUCGCGGUGCGGAGCUGCUGUUGUACAAGUCUACGUCAAGCCACCCCAUCCAACACCGCUCACUGCCUCUGCUCUUGAUACAAUUACGAGGUCUAGCAAAGAGCUCAAGGGCUUUGCCAAGAUCAAUCUGGAUGCAGGAGCAAGUGGCGUCGCGAAGAUUGAGCUAGACGUGCUACGUGCGACGAGUUAUUGGAGUGAGAGGGAGGAUUAUUGGUGCAGUGACGCGGGGGAGUAUACGGUGCUGGUGGGGACGAGCAGUAGAUGUGAGUUUCUGGAGAAGACGUUUACGGUCCGGAACGCGGCGACGUGGCGGGGACUUCGGCCAUGA